CAUCAUCCUUCUUCGCUCAUACGGGCGAAUGUGCUGCCUGCCGAAGGAAAGACGUGAAAAUUGUUGUACCACUCGUUGGGAGGUUUUUUCAUCUGCGGAUUGCGUUAGAAAAUUUCCAAUCUCCGCAGCUUGUGAAGGUGAUGAAAAUCGCUGGAAAGUGCUUCCGGAUGUAGGGACAGUUGGUAGUGAACCGAGUAGUAGGCUCUGCGCGUUAUGCAAGGUGCAGAAAAUUCCGAAAAGCUGAGGAUCGUCACCGCAUCGUACGUAGAGCGGCGCUGCUAAGGGAAACUCGUGAAAAGCGACGCACGGAAACGAGACAGGAAUAGGAGGACGGUCGCUUGCUGUUCCAUUCAGGGUGUGGUGAUUAUAGCGUAGAGUCUUUAUUCUCUCAGCUCUCGAACUGGUGGUCUUGUGGAGAGGACGUAUGAGGCACAUAUAUUGGUGAAACGUAGGAAGCGAUUGCGUAGCGGUGUCGCGCGCGCCAGGCAGAAGCGGGCCAACGCAGACGACGGCAAGGCAAGAGAAAAUCGAAACCUAAAAAACGCUAGUAGUAGUGCUGAUAGUAUCAACAGAAGUCCUGUACUGCAGAUCUAAUUGUUGGCCAAGUGCUUUUAUAUUGUACGGGCUGUGUAUCGGAACGAGUUAGCGCAGAAAGUGUUUAUUACUUCUAACCAGAAAAAAAUUGCACAUUUGUCACACAAACGGCAGUUGAACAAGAAAAAAAAAACAAGAGUUCAGGAUAGUUUUGUACUAGAAGAAAAACACCAUGAACGAGCUCGAGGCAUUACGGCAGGAAGCGGAAACGCUGAAAAAUGCAAUCCGUGAUGCGCGCAAAGUGGCCUGUGAUACAUCGCUAGUGCAGGCUACGAAUAAUCUGGAGCCCAUCGGUCGAAUACAGAUGCGUACGAGACGCACUCUGCGGGGUCAUUUAGCGAAGAUCUACGCUAUGCAUUGGGGUAGUGACUCUCGAAAUCUAGUGUCCGCUUCCCAGGACGGAAAACUAAUUGUGUGGGAUUCGCACACAACAAACAAGGUGCACGCCAUCCCGUUGCGUUCAUCCUGGGUGAUGACCUGUGCAUAUGCACCGUCCGGAAACUUUGUAGCCUGUGGUGGUUUGGACAAUAUUUGUUCCAUUUACAACCUUAAAACAAGGGAAGGAAACGUCCGAGUGUCGCGCGAACUACCCGGUCAUACGGGGUACCUUUCGUGCUGUCGGUUUCUAGAUGAUAACCAAAUUGUGACCAGCUCGGGUGAUAUGUCUUGCGGACUGUGGGAUAUCGAAACCGGUCAGCAAUGUACAUCGUUUCUCGGACAUACCGGUGACGUGAUGGCAUUGUCCGUUUCGCCUCAGUUCCGUGUGUUCGUUUCGGGAGCUUGUGAUGCUUCCGCGAAGUUGUGGGACAUCCGAGAGGGCCAGUGCAAGCAAACCUUCCCGGGACACGAGAGCGAUAUCAACGCCGUCACAUUCUUCCCGAAUGGGCACGCGUUUGCGACCGGUUCCGAUGACGCCACCUGUCGGCUUUUUGACAUCCGAGCCGACCAAGAGCUGGCCAUGUACUCCCACGAUAACAUCAUCUGCGGCAUUACCUCGGUAGCGUUUUCCAAAUCUGGUCGGUUGCUUCUGGCAGGCUACGAUGACUUUAACUGUAACGUUUGGGACACACUGAAAGCGGAACGAGCCGGUAUCCUAGCUGGCCACGACAACCGCGUGUCAUGUCUAGGCGUUACGGAAAACGGUAUGGCCGUUGCCACCGGGUCGUGGGAUUCUUUUCUACGAGUGUGGAACUAAGCUAUAUGUAGUCGUGCGGGUGUGCGUUUUUAAUUACCGAAAAUUCUACGAGGUAAGAAUCACAUUUUUAUAACAAAAAACACACAAGCUGUAAGAAAAGGAACCACAAAACUACACACACACACAAACAAAUAUUGAACAGUUUAGAAAAUUAAUAACAAAUUAUUAUUAUAUAAAUCAAAAUCUCAUUACUGAAAUUGUAAAAUAAUACUGUAGCAUUUUACUUUUCUAUACGUUAAUUAAAUCUACUGCGCUAUUUCGAAGACUGGGUUGGGUGCAAAUGUUACAGAUUUUCGUUUCAAGCUAGUUCAUACACGCGAAAUCUAGCCAUUUUAUUAAAAUCUACAUAUGAAUAACUUAUAGCGAAUCGCUAAUAAACCGAGAUCAAAUGAAACAAAAAGUCGAAACCAAGGGGAAGAAGGUCACUCUGCAAGAAGCACACUCUUCCAAACAAUACAUUAAAUUUGAGCAACACUUCUGAUGCCGAAAACUGUUGAUUUUGCCCAGCAUGGCUUAGCACCAAUGGACGAAUAUAUAAGUAUAUCGUGAAUGCAAAAUGAUGCUUAUGCAAAGUCAUGAACACAAAGAGAACGUAUAGCGAAUCUUACAAACACGCAGAAAGCUAGGAUUGUCUUCAUUUAUUUAGGUUAGCUUACUAUACAAUGCGUAUUUUCAAAAAAAAAAAAAAAAAACUAUCGAUUAAGAAACAAAUAAGUAUGUAAGUAUUUAAGCGCGAAAGCCAAUUAAUAUUUUAUCUUAUCUAUGUUCGUAGUAUAUAACCUUGAGUGCUCUAGUCAGAGAGAGGGUUUUGGGAUUUAAGCUUGACUAUCUUAACAUUUGAAUGCAUGCGCACGAAUGGCGCCAUCUGUUCGUAAUAUGGUGAUAAAUUUUUCUCCCAAAAUGGACUGAGAACCGGACUUUGGAGCUUUCAUUUAGGCUGUUGUCAGCUGGUGUGAACAGUCCGUUUUUGUUUCUAAAUCGGGCAUUUUCUGUCAUCAGUUCCCUUGAAUUUUCACUUCCGCGAUCAUGAGAAACAACGCUUCUAUCACAUUCAUAGUUUAUUGCAUCCUCACCUUUUUUCCUUCCGAUUACUCUAACAAAUUUUGAUGUUGCAGCCAACUUAAUGACGGAAACAGAAAUAGGCUGUGUGGAGGGUUACAGUUAUUUGUUUUUUUCUAAACCUAUCCGUUAAACAACUUUCUGUAGUAACUCCAAUUUUGCAGAUUUUCUUAAAUUUAGCUUCCAUUUAUUUUAAAGUCGCGAAGUAAUACAAUGAAAUAAUGAAUCGUAAAUAUUCAUGCUAAAAAGCACGCUUCGAGGCUGGUCCUCCAACUGAGGUUAUAUCUCUGUAGAAACUGCCCCAACAUGAUCGUAUAGGGGGCUUAACGGGCACGAUUAAGGUGUGUUCGGGUUCUUCUGAAGCUUUUACGUUUUUCUUCUUCUUUAUUUCAUUUGCCAGCCAGAAUUUCCCAUCUCAGAUCCCAACCUGCGUUUUGACCAAGAUAUUAUAACCUUAUCUGAAUCACUAAUCUAUAGGGAUAAACAAAAAGGAAAAUAAAAUGUCCGAAAAGUUUUAGAAAACACGGAGCAAAAUUACUGUUAUCGAUCAUUAUCUAUAGUCGUAAAAAUGUGAUGAGUGUGUAAAAACAUAGCAAAGAGUAAAAAUCAACAAAAAAGCAAACAAAAAAAAUGAAAAAAAUCGCUAAUAUAUUAAAAAUAAGACAACUAAAUUAGCAGGAAAAAAUUAUAGCCAUUAGCACAACCCAAUAUGUAAAACUCUAAUAAUUACCAACAAUAAGGAAAGUAAUUCGCCGGCUAGGAAGAACGUCAAGAAACAGUAUGAAUAAGCACACAAAGUAAAACGCUACAUGUAAUUGCCAAAGGGAAUCUUACUACGAGAGCAAAUAAAAUUCGCAUAAAAUUACUAAAAAUUA